AGUGGAGAGAGAAUCCAGCUUAGCUCAAGAAUGGUGGUGAUGCAGUCCCUUCUUCCCCGGCUCCUUCACCUCCCCAUCCUCAUCAAACCCACCACCACUCUCUUCUUCCUCAACCCCUUCAACUCCAAACCCGCCUUCAACCCUUCGUCGCGACCCUUCACCACCCUCCUCAGGUCCACCCUCGCGGCGGCCCCUCCUCCAUCUCUCGGACCCGACGAUGCCGACCUCCUCGCCGCCGCCGCCGCCCCCCAGAUACCCGCCGACCGCCUCUUCGUCCCGCCGGAGACCGAGUUGCCCGCCGGGGAUGGCGCCGCCGCCGCACUGAGCGCCCGGGUCCUGAAGGGCUCGAACAUCGUGCUGAGCAAGUACGCGAGGGACGCGCAGGUGGCGCAGGCCGAGUUCGUCAAGAGCAGCGUGAGGACGGAGGACUGCCCGUCCGACGGGCUGCCCGAGUUCGCGCUCGUCGGGAGGUCCAAUGUUGGGAAGUCGUCGCUGCUCAACUCGCUCGUCCGGAGGAAGCGGCUGGCGCUCAUUUCGAAGAAGCCCGGAAAGACUCAGUGCAUUAACCAUUUCCGGAUCAAUGAUAGCUGGUAUUUGGUGGAUUUGCCUGGAUAUGGUUAUGCUGCUGCACCUCAAGAACUGAGGACAGAUUGGACCAAAUUUACCAAAGACUAUUUCCUAAAUCGCUCCACACUAGUUGGAGUUUUCCUUCUCAUAGAUGCCAGCAUUCCUGCAAAGAAAAUUGACCUUGAAUAUGCAAGCUGGUUGGGUCAAAAUCAGGUACCUAUGACGUUAGUCUUCACCAAGUGCGAUAAGAGGAAAAAGAAAAAGAAUGGAGGUAAGAGACCUGAAGAAAAUGUUCAGGAUUUCCAGGAGUUGAUACGAGGUUUCUUUGAAACCGCUCCUCCAUGGAUUAUGACCAGCAGUGUAUCAAGUAUGGGUCGAGAUGAGGUAUUGCUGCACAUGGCACAGCUGCGGAACUAUUGGCUUAAGCACUAGUCAAGUAAACACAGUGCUUUCUCCCCCCAUCUCACACCGGGUGCAAUAGUACCGAUUCAAGUUAGGAAUUCUCUGCAUUGCAGCCUGGUGGAGAGGGAAAUCAAGAUCCUGAGAUUUUUUAGACAGCUGACAGUUCACUUUGCUUGAGAGGCCUUGUUGGAUAUGAAUCUCUUUUGACUUUUAUAUUAAUCUGUAAAAUGGUCAGAUUGAUAUGUAUAACUCUUGUAUAUAGUUCAAACUAUUGUUCUAUUGUUCUGUGUAAAACUGCAACUUUAGGAAGCAAGGGAAAGGACUGAUGGUUUUGUUAGUGUUA